GCGGCUUACCCCCGCCUGUGACUGACCAUCACAACCAUACGUUCAUGACACACAGGCAAAGUGACCGAGAUCCAACCUAUACACGCUGGGUACAUAAUCAGCAUCCAAAACACAUAACCUUCCCCGCUCAUGAUCGUUCUGUUGUCACUUGUUUGAUAUUCACCCACGGGAGGAUUAUCUCUGCCUCCGACAACCACUCUAUUCACGUGUAUGACCCUAUCACAGGAAACCUCAUUCACUCGCUUGACGGUCAUAAAGGCGGUGUAUGGUCGAUAGCAGCCACCAAAAAUACCUUGGUCAGUGGUUCCACGGACCAAACAGUCCGGGUUUGGGACCUUACUACGGGGCGGUGCACCCUCGUCUUUGGAGGGCAUACGAGUACCAUUCGUUGCCUGGAGAUCGUCAAGCCUGAGUGGAUCGAUGUAGAGAACGAGAGCGGGACGAUCAUACGCGAGAAAUGGCCAAAACGACCAUUGAUCGUGACGGGUAGUCGCGACCACUCACUGAGGGUGUGGUCGCUGCCCCGGCCAGGCGAUGCCGAGUACAAAAGUACGGAGGAGUCCGAGAUCGAUCCUUCCGAGGUGGGUAACCCAUACCAUCGCCUGCACCUGAAAGGCCAUGACGGUGCGGUUCGCGCCCUCGCUGCUCAAGGCCGCACCCUUGUCUCGGGCAGCUACGACUACACUGUACGAGUAUGGGAUAUCAUCUCUGGAACUUGCAGGUGGGUCUUGGAAGGACAUACCCAUAAAGUCUACAGCGUUGUUCUAGAUAUUCACCGCAAUUUUGCCUGUUCUGGCUCCAUGGACGGCACCGUCCGCGUCUGGGACCUCAACACCGGUCAAAACCGCCAUACGCUUCAAGGACACACCUCGCUUGUCGGCUUGCUCGGCUUGUCGCCGUCCUAUCUCGUCUCCGCUGCUGCUGACGCGACGCUGAAGGUGUGGAACCCCGAGAGUGGUGAACUCCAACACACGCUAGCCGUCCACCAAGGAGCCAUCACAUGCUUCCAGCACGAUGAGGACAAAGUCCUCAGCGGCUCCGACGGCGCGCUGAAGAUGUGGGAUAUCCGCGAGGGCACACAAGUCCGCGACCUGCUUACUAAUGUCACGGGCGUGUGGCAAGUCGUCUUCAAGGGCCGCUGGUGUAUCGCUGCUAGCAACCGCGAUAACGCAACGGUGCUCGACGUAUGGGACUUUGGCAUGGAAGAAGGUGAUGAGCGGGAAGACGAGCCCCCGGACGGCAUCUACGAUGACGACACGGACGAUGAGGACAGCGAUCAAGCCGAGGGCGAGGCGAUGGAUUAGAGCUUGUAGCUUUAAAGCUCAAUCCUUUAACUGUCGCGCAGGCGCUCGUUUGAAUAUUUGAAAGGAGGCGACGACUUUACGUGGACGUCGGGCUUAUUGUCGUUCGUCCUAACAGGCAAAAGGAUUGUUUGUUCUGCACUGUGUUUGGUACGAGGAAUGACAUUAAAAUUAAU